AUGAACUGGUCGUUCGGGACAUCAGAAAGCUGGUCAUCGACUGCUGUCGCCAGAACGGCGGUGGACCCAGCGACAGCCCCGGUUCACCGCACUGAUAGACACGCGGUCCUCAAGGGAGGGUACGUCGUACAAAAGCAGGCCGACGCCAUCGUCACUCUCGUCUCGUGCGGAUCCGAGUUACAGUUCGCCGUGCAGGCCGCUGCGAGACUAACCGCUGAGGGCAUCGCCACCCGCGUGGUCAGCAUGCCGUGCGUGCAGUUCUUCAGCGAGCAGAGCGAUGAAUACAAAGACUCGGUGCUGUCGGAGGCUCCGUUCACGAUCUCGGUGGAGGCGUACAUCUCCACCAUCUGGGCACGGUACUGUAACGCGUCGAUCGCGAUGGACUCGUUCGGCUUCUCGGGGGCCAGCCUCGCCAAUUAUUGCCGCUUCGGUCUCGAUACGGAGGGUGUUUACCAAAAGGUUACGAGAUUUGUCAAUUCGCAUAGGGGUGGGAAGAAGCUGCGUAGAUGGACAUUACUCAAGUAG